GCAAAGAUCAAGGUAACACCAAAACAAGAACAUCAGCAACAACGUCCCGACAAGACCAGUGCCUGCUGAUAAAGAGGUGGUUCAGAGGAGCAUCCCGGCAUUUUUGGGGGCUGUACGUGACCUCUCGGCUAGCAAGGCCCCCAAACUACUGACAAGAACAAGAGGAACAGUGCCAUGACCUCCCGUGGCCUGGUGACCGUCCUGCUGGUGGCGCGGAGCAGGGCAUGCCAAAGGGUGUCUGUCAGGGGUUUGGUGAGACCUGCGCUGGGGAAGAGCCACCCUAGACCACCACCACCACCACCGGGCCGCCACAGCCACACACUGGGCCACUCUGCGUUAUGGGGGGGCGUGGCAGCCUUGGUGGGGGGAGGCGUGGCCAGUCUGGUGGGAGGGGUGUCCGCUGAUGCCUCCUCGGUGAAUGCCUUGGUGACUGAGGCGGACCAGCUUUAUGAGGAGAUGAAAUAUGAGGAGAUAUACACCUUGCUGUCUUGCUUCAAGGGACUCAAGAGUGACGACAUCCUGUGGAGGCUGGGACGGGCCACCUUUGAGAGGGCCAAGGCUGCGGCCACAGAGGAGGAACGGAGGCAAUUGUUCCGUGAGGCGCUGGACCAUGUGGAGGCAGCAUUGGCCAUCAAUACAGAGAACUUCGCAGUGCACAAGUGGAUGUCUAUUCUGAUUGACUAUGUGUAUGCAGCAGAGGGCACCAAGGCACGGAUCUCCAAGUCUUAUGUGGUGAAGGAGCAUAUGAUUAAAGCUUGUCAGCUGAAUCCGAGUGACGCCACAUCCCGGUACUUGCUGGGCUUCUGGUUCUUCAGCUUCGCCAAUGUGCCGUGGUAUCAACGCAAGAUUGCCUCAGUAAUCUUCACCACUCCUCCCUCGGGCACCUUUGAGGAGGCACUGGAGAACUUCCUCUUGGCAGAGAAGCUGGAGCCUAAUUUUUACAGUAAGAAUCUCCUGAUGAUUGGCAAGAGCUACCUCAUGCUGGGUAAGAAGACAGAGGCCAAGGAGUACCUGCAGCGCACCCUGCAGUACCUGAAGACUGAUGAUGACCAGGAGGCCGUGGCUGAGGCUGAGACGCUUCUCAAGGGACUGUGAGGCACUGCAAGGCACAUGGCACUGUCCUGUUCUCAUAAGGCCCUUUCUGAAGUUAGCAAAGACAGUGGCAGUGAAGGGGAGUGAGCUUGUUAACUUGCAUUUCACUCUAAUAAUCAAAGAUUUCCCUUCCUGUCAUGUGUGUGUUUAGUAGUUCAAGGUCCAUAUGUGUCUUUGCAGAAGCACACACACACUCACUCCCUGCCAUUAUGAUGCAUUUAAAAUCAAACCCUCCUCUCUUCUGCAACAUCAUAUAACCUUGAGAUUCAUUUUAAAACCUCUCUCUCUCUCUCUCUCUCUCUCUCUCUCUCUCUCUCUCUCUCUCUCUCUCU